AUGUCUUACGUUGUACCGACUACGGAUGGUCCUAUCACCAAAUUUCCGGCAAACGACUUGCGUCCUGCCCGCCGCUUCAUAAGCUCCCACAACGCUGAAGGCAAGGGAGUCUUCGUUGGCGAUGACGAUGGCGCCUGGCACCGUGUCAUGUGUCGCGGGCGUGCCGUUGCAAACAUCAUCUACAGCACCGACGAAAACCCAGUCGAUAUGAACAAGGACAAAGACUUGGCUUACGCAGCGAACAAUGAGGCGCGGUCUUCUUCCCGAAUCGAGCAUGAGCUGUUAGCGCUGACAAGUGAUUCUAGCCGGCUAUCCACGUCCCUCUUGGCAGUUGUGCCCGUCUGAUUGACUUCGCUCCAGGCAUGGAGUCUCCGGAUCACCGUGCCAUGUCCCUUGACUACGGCGUGGUCAUCGAGGGAAAGUUCGAGCUGUCGCUCCCAGAGAGCGGCGAGAGCAAGAUCAUGCUUCCUGGCGAUUGCAGUAAGUCAUCCGAUGUAUGAAUAGGGUACAAGAGGGCCUAACACAUGCUCCAGGCGUCAACCGUGGCUGUAUGCACAAGUGGAAGAAUCUCGAUGAGGAGAAGUCCGGGAGAAUGCUGUUCAUUCUUUUGGAUGUGAAGCCUUACUUUGCGCCCAAUGGCGUGGAGCUGAAGGAGGAACUCAACGAGUUGGCUGGCGAUUACGCCGAUCUUGCUCAUUAG